AUGGCCCCCGUCGCGACAAGCACUCCGAUCCCCGUGCCCAACCUUGGCCUCAACACCACCACCAAGAUCAAGCGCCCACCUCCGCCAGGCAUCCAAACAAAUGGAAAUGCUGCCUCAUCGCGCUCAUCACCGUCCAUGUCCCCGUCCAUGUCGGCAAAGCGGACUCCGACUGGUGGUAACAAGGCCCAGCCAACCCCGACUCCUGCAACGGCAAAUGGCGCCCCCCGAAGUGCGUCCAUUCGACAACGCCGCGAGCAAUCAAUACAAGCUGGUCUCGCCGGUCAAAGAAACGGACGAUUGAACGCGCUACGGUCGGCAAGUCUUGCGGCUGAUGGCAUCCAAGGCCAUUCGUUGGAGCCACGACCCGAGGUCAUCACUAGUCAAUACAUUCUUAAAAAGCACAGCGGCAGCCCGCCGUCACUAAUCGUACAUCUUCAUCCAGCCCAUUUCCGUUUCGAUCAGCAGGACAGUAUUUUCCCAUACAAGUCACCCAUGCGGGUACUCCUCGAUCACUUUCGCUCGAAAACUCUUCCGCACGACAUAUUACCUUACUUUAUUGAGCAGGGCGUCGUGUUUUACGAUGGGUGUUUGAUUGUUGAAAUACAUGACCACAAGUCACCAGCAGAAGCCAAGGACGUUGCGAGACCAACCUCGGCUUCCAGCAAGGACACGCCAUUUUCAAUACACAACUAUACGCCCUAUAUUACACCAUCACCACAUGCUCCUUAUCCUAAAGAAAACACUGAUCCGCCGCAAACCUCGGCCACGUCGGAUAAUGCCAAGGCAACCGAUGAUGGCGAAAACAAGGAAAGCAUGCCGGCGCCUGCUGUUCCUGAUGUGCAAAAGAGCAAAGGCCCAGUGAAACCCAAAAAGAUCACGAUUGUCCUGCACCCGACUGCUCAGAGUCUGCACACCGAUCUGAUGCUCAAAGCAACCACACCCCAGGGCGCUGCCGAUGGAAAUGUGCCACCAACACCCAUUGCGGCCGUGCCGCCUACUCCAACAGCAGCCGCCAUGCCGCCGCCUGCCAAGAAGCAGAAAAGGGAGCGUAUGGAACUGGAUGGGAAGAAUAUACAUGCCGUCGAGAGUCAGAUCCUCCUGGCAACAGCUGAACCUCUCCACCUCGAACCGACCAAGAAUUCGCAAGAGCUCAUUCAGCUUCUUGAUACCAUGACAGACGAGAAGCAUUCCGAGGAUCCACCGAAACCAAAGACACGGAAGCGGACCGUGGCAGAACGUGCUGCCGAGGAGGCGGCUGCUGCCGAACAUGAAAAGUUCAUGCUUACAUAUGAUGAACGCCUAUCAUCCACUGCUAGUGGCGCCCAAGGUAGUGCUGAUGGUGCCGCCGCGUCUGGCCAGUCCGUUCCGGCCGAUGUUCGCUUUGAGAGAUUUAAGGUUAUCGAGGAGAUCAAACGCGAACAUGCCGAGAAGAAGGAACAAGAAAAAGCCCGCCAGGCUGAACAGGAGCGCAAAUUGGCACUCCAAAAACAGGAGCAACAGGCUCAGCAAGCUCAGCUUGUGGCUAAUCGCCAGCAAGAAGCCGCCGCCGCCGCCGCUGCCGAGAAGGCCCGCAGAGACGAAGCCGAACGCCAGCAACGAGCUCGUCAGCAGCAACAGCAACAGCAAGAAGCACAGCGCCGUGCCCUGGCGCAGUCGCAAGCUCAACAAGUCCAGGCUCAGGCCCAAGCCGCAGCCCAAGCCCAAGCUCAAGCCACUACGGCACAGUCACCGCCUGCCAUGCAGCAUCAACUAUCCCAAGCGUCUCAUGGCCAUCCUACACCGGGUCCUAUGCCCAACACCUUGCCACAACAUCGCUUCCAGGGCGUCUCUCAGCCACCGGCCUCGUCUCCUGUGGUUCGUCAAAAUACUCCAAUGAACAUAUCGUCGCCCAUGGUACCGGCCGGCAAUGUCCCUAUGCAACACUCAAAUUCUGGCAUGGGCGGCAGCCCCGCGCGGCCCUCGUCUGUUGUGCAGAACCAUCCAAUGUCGGCCCCCAUGGCUGUCACCAUGUCUGCUAGAAACAGUCAGCAGAGUCAUGCCGCUGGCACGCCCAGAAUGCCGAGUGCCACUCCACAAAUGCCCCAUGGAACUCCCAUCAACCGCCCCAUGCAGACACCUCGCAUCCCACAAGCCAGUUCGCCGCCUGUCAUGAUGGGCCAGACUCCAAACAUGCCAAUGGUUGGACAGCAGCCGACGCCUGGAUCUAUACUCCUAGGUGGGCAAAAUCACAUGCAAAAUCCCAACUUUGCUGCGGCCCGUAUCAUGGAGCAACAGCAGCGACAACGGAUAUAUCAAGAACAGCAACGAGCGCUGAUGACCAUGCAGCAAAAUGCCAUGAUGCAAGGACAGACACCCCAGCAGAUGAUGCAAAUGCAGGCUCAACAGAGGUUCCUAGCGCAGCAAAUGGCACAGAAUGGAAACAAUGCUCAGAUGCUGAAUGGCAACCCUGCCAUGGGUAAUGUCCAGAUGAACCAGUUGCAAAUGCAAAUGCAAAUGCAACAGCAGCAGCAACAGCAGCAAAUGCAAAACUCAAUGGGCAACCCAAAUAUGGUCAACAACAACGCCAUGAAUAACAUGGCCGGAACAAACCCUGCCCAACUAGGACAGUUGAAUCCAAACCAAAUCGCGGCAUUGCAGGCACAGAUUCAGCAGCAGCAACAACAACAACAGCGUGCAGGCCAGCAGCAGCAGCAUAAUGUGCAGGCGAACCCGAUGGCGGCAGCGAUGCGGAGCCAGAAUUUACAAGCCGCCGUGCAAGCCAGACAACGAAUCAUCUACCAACAAAAUGUUGGUCAGCUGGUGGCAAAAUAUGGCAACCUGCAAAGUGUACCUCCAGAAGUGCAAACACAAUUCCACGCCAGCUGCCACCAAAGGGCUUACCAACAAGUUCAAGAGAUGGUGCGUUCCCAGCAGCAGCAGCGACAGCAGGCAAUGUUGCAACAAAGCAUGCAAAAUGGUAUGAAUGGAGGUAUGAGCAUGUAG